AAACAUUACAAAUCUUUGCCAAGAAGCUUCGUGAUGUUUCGUCCACCCCCCCUUGAACCUGUCUGUCCCGUCCUCAGGCACUUCACGACAUUAAAAACAAACACCCCUCCCUUUGCAUCUUCUCCUCCUCUCAGAUCUAUUAAAUUAUCACCUGGACGAACCGUGACUUUAACCGGAUUACUAAAUCACUUUCCGAGAAAUGUCGACAUUGUGCAUGCAUCAAACCUCACUCAGGACACCCUCUCUUUUUUUCGCCGGCCUAAUGAGUCAUGACAUUAACACAGCCUCGAGCCCUCCCCUCCCACGCUCCUCGCGCCCACUCCACUCUUUAUUAGAGCCGCUCCUCAGCAUCAGUCCUCAGAGCAGCACGCGCCUCACUCAGCGCACCUCUCUCGUGCCGCUGCGAAGUGGACGGGAGCCGGUGCUUCUUCACUUUUUUUCUCGGAUUUACCAUCUUUACCGCCAAGAUGAGACUUAUUUUCGUGCUCGCCACGGUUGUGGGUCUCCUCACAGGUAAGUGGAGUCGUGCUUUUCUUGUUUUGCAGAGUGCCGUGAGUGAGUUAGUGAGCGCGGUUCAGGUUCAGGACCACGGACAGAGACAUUAUCGGCUCUUUCACUUUUAUAGUUUUUCUAAUAAAUACUUCCUCUUACGCAGAAAACCAAGCGCUUCCAGUUGGAAAAGAAGGGCAAAGAGAAGACGUGGUAAGCUUUUGUCAACUGAACCUCCUCUGUUUGAGAUUGAAGCAGCUGCAAUGCAGAAAGUAAAAUCAGCACAACGCUUUCACGGAUUCAAAUUGUUGGUGCUUUUUUUCGUUUUAAGGUGACACGAUGCUUAGUCGAAGUCCUCUCCAAAGCUCUCUCCAAACCGGACUCCCAGCUGGACCAGGACUGCAAAGACAUCAUCCAAGCAGGUUUGUCGCACCAGCAGAUUUUUUCAUGUAAACAGUAAACAGGCAAAUCUAAAGCAUUUAGGAUACUGUUGACACAGCAGGUUUAGAGCUGCAGGUCGUGCAGAUACUCGGCUGGUUCAUGAUUAUAAAGAAGUUUAAUAUCCUGGAAACGAGCUCGUGAUGUAAAUAGCUUCAAGCAUUUAGAUCGUUUACAUUUUAAAAGGGAUAUUCCAGCGUAAAAAUAAUUUAGGGUCAAACACACCGUAACGCCGAGUUGGACACUCCUGAGAGAUGAAUGUUGUCGACUGCUUGCUUCUCUGGUUAUACCAACUUUAGUAACAACCGCAGAGAGCCACGUGCUCAACCAAAACGCCACUCUAUAGCCACAAAUGAUGCUCAGAACAGCACCUAACUUAACACAACUCACACAAUCUGUUCGAGCACCCGCUUGUUUGUAGCAAGACCUCGACCAGCUCAUUACGGACUGCUGCGGGGGGUGACGCUGCUCAAGGAAGAACAUUUAUGAUCAUUUCUUUAUCAUUUCCUUAAAGUACUCGUCAUCAUAUUAAUCAUUUUGCACUGCAGACGUGGUAAUUCUUCUACCUUAUCGUCUCGGUCUGAUUGCAUUCUCAUGAAGAAAUGAUCAUAAAUUUUCUUCCUUGAGUUGCGUCACUCCACUGCAGUCCGUAAUGGACAGGCCUGAGGUCUCUACAAACAAGUGGCUGCUGGUAGAGACUAGGUGAGUUGUGUUUAGUCUCUUUGACAAAGAAAUUAGGCAAAGUUAAAAAGAUGUUUGGUGGCUAGUGCUGUGGCUAGGACCUUUUAUGUACUGUUGAUGAAGUUAGGUGCUGUUCUGAGCAUUAUUUGUGGUUAUAGAGUGGCUUUUUGGUUGAUUUUUGUUUAUGGCUCCUCAGGCUGCUGUUUAUUGCUAUCGUGUGGUCGUUACUAAAGUUGGUAUAACUAGAGAAGCAAGCGGUCUGCAACAUUCCCCUCUCGAGGGGGUGUCUAACUCGGUGUUACGGAGUGUUUGACCCUGAAUCAAUUCCACACUGGAAUAUCCCUUUAAUGCCACUUCUUUAAAAUUGAGCUUUACCGUUAUUUACGCAAAACAGCAAACAAGUCAUCAGAUUUGACCCAAAGGCUGAAUUCAAACAGACAACCUACCCUAUAAGAUGGCUGACACGUCUGAUCUUUCCUUUAAUUUGUCACAGGGGUUAAACAUCCCCCACUGGACAAGAAGACUGCCCUGGAGGUCAAAGGUCAACCCGAGGUGCCCGGAGCAAAAGGAGCUGAUGUGAAAGACAUCGAGGCUCUCCUGAAAUCAGUGGAAGAAAAAAGAGAAACCCCAGAAGACGAGCGCAGCCAAGAAUCUUGGAGCUUCGGUGAUGAGAAGGAGAAAAGACAUGAGAAUGAAGAGGAAGGAGAAGAAACAGAGCGGGAGAAGAGGAGUGGCUGGAGGCCCGGAAGGCACUACCAGAGGAAACACAAACGAGGCGAAGAAGAUGAAGACGAUGGAGAGCGCAGUCAGGAGAGUUGGGCGUUGGACAAAAGAUCAGAAGAUGAAGAAGAAGAAGACAGAGAGAAGAGGAACUGGAGGCCUGGAAGACACCAUCAGAGGAAACACAAACGGGAUGAGGAACCUUUAGGAGAUGAGAGGGAGGAGCCAGAGGAGGAACGUAGCCAGGAGUCUUGGGGUCUCGACAAAAGGAGCGGCUAUGAGGAUGAGGAAGAGAGGGACAAGCGCAAAUGGAUGCCCAUACAGCGCUACCACUACAACAAGAUCACUAAACGCGGAGAAGGCGAGGAGGAAGACGGUGAACGCAGCCAGGAGUCUUGGGGUCUUGACAAGAGGGACUGGAGAGCUGGAAGAUACCAUCAAAGGAGACACAAACGUGAUGAGGAACUCUCAGAAGAAGCCAGAGAAGAGCCUGAAGAGGAGCGCAGCCAGGAAUCAUGGGGACUCGACAAAAGAGACUGGAGAGCCGGCAGAUACCAUCAGAGGAGACACAAGCGUGAUGAAGAACUCGCCGAGGAAGGACCUGAAGAAGAACGCAGCCAGGAGUCAUGGGGUCUUGAAAAGAGGGACUGGAGGGCUGGAAGACACCACCAGAGGAGACACAAGCGUGAUGAAGAACUCGCCGAGGAAGGACCUGAAGAAGAACGCAGCCAGGAGUCAUGGGGUCUUGAGAAGAGGGACUGGAGGGCUGGAAGACACCACCAGAGGAGACACAAGCGUGAUGAGGAGCUCUCAGAGGAAGCUCGAGAAGAGCCUGAAGAAGAGCGCAGCCAAGAGUACUGGGACUUCGAUACCGGCAGAGACAAGAGAGAAUGGAGGACUGGAAGACACCACCAGAGGAGACACAAGCGUGAUGAGGAGCUUUCAGAAGAAGCUCGAGAAGAACCAGACGAAGAGCGCAGCCAGGAAUACUGGGAUUUUGAUACUGGAAGAGACAAAAGAGACUGGAGGGCCGGCAGGUUCCACCAGAGGAGACACAAACGUGACGAAGAGCUCUCAGAGGAAGCCAGGGAAGAGCCAGACGAGGAGCGCAGCCAGGAAUACUGGGAUUUUGACACUGGGAGAGACAAGAGGGAAUGGAGAUCUGGCAGGCACCACCAGAGGAGACACAAACGUGACGAAGAGCUGUCAGAAGAGAAGAGAGAUGAACCAGAGGGAGAACGCAGCCAGGAGUACUGGGGCUUUGACAAAAGACACGACAAAGAAGAAGGAGAGGACAGGGAUGACGCUCUGAGGUACUCCCAUGACAUUUAGCAACUUUUUCUCUUGAACUUUGCAUGUUGAUUAACUCCAGAGUUCAAUGAUAGGGAUCCAAACCAAGAAAUCUAAGAAAUAAACAGACUGUUUGAGUGCUGCCAAAAACCAGUACAGAAUUUAACUGAAGCUGUUUGUCAGGUAUCUGGCAGAAAAACGCAAUCCCUGGAUUUUCAGAAGCUUCUACCAUCCUGCCUGGUACAAAAGGGAUCAAGACGAGCAUGCUUCCGCCUCAAACAAGGUAGGAAAUUACAAAAUCAUACUUGUAGCUUAAGAUCUGCAGCUUCAAAGACUCAGCCUAAGUGAGCAGCUUUAAUUAAUGCCAUUUCAUUUCCUCCUCUAAUCACAUUUUGUAAUAGUUUUAGCCUGACAGAGUCAACGAUCAAGUUCACGUUUACGUUAGACUAGAACGCACUGACCCAACGUUAAGCCAAUUUCAAGUAUCAUUAACUCGAAGAGGUCUGGAUCAGCCUGAUUUUGAAAUGUACGAUUCUACCUUAUCUUUGCUCAGAUGAAUGAACUGGCCAAGUUGCUGAGCUACAAGAUAAACCAGCUGUCCAAUCAAGAGGAGGCAAAGAGGAGCGCGCAGCAGAAAACACUCACCGCACAAGAGGUAAAAACUGCUCUCGAUCACUGCGCAACUAAGUGUGGACUAGUACUCAGGCAGAAAAAGCAUUUUAAAAAGCACAAAUCAAAAGCCUUGUCUUUCAACUCAUAACUGUGUCGACCUUUGAACGAGAAACAUACAUUUGACCCUGUAAAGCACAUCUAUCGCCUCCAACACUGUUUCGGGGGCUUCAUUAUGGAGAUCUCGUCUGCACAAGCAUGUCAGGGUUUAGCCUUUAGAACUAGAGAGCAUCAGUGAAUAUGCAUCUGUGCAAAUAAACAUCCAGAGCUUUACCCAUCAGCAUGUCCCAAAUACAGACAAAAAUCAGCGUAUUCAUGAGCAGUGACACGUUCUUCAACUCGAGCAAACACACAGUUUGUCUUUAUUUCCCUAAAUCAUUUUCAGCUCUUUCUUGUUCGCUCCCUUGUUUGUAUUUGCACUUUCAGCACUGGGGUUUUAUACGCAGUAAUCGCACCAAGAACUUCAUGAUUAUCGCCUCUCCUCCAGCCAUCAAAGUCAUAAUUCUCCCAUUAAAAAGAGCAAUGGCCCGCAGAGACCUCCCCAUCUUGUAACGCACUCUAAGCAGAAAAACAAAUCAGGGCAGAGGAGGCGGUGUACUGCAGUUCUACAACCCAAGCAAUAAUAAAAAAACUCAACCCACAUCAGCUGUUUUUUUUUUUUUUUGGAUGGAGCAGGUACGGGAAAUGAUAUUUAUGGUUUCUAUGUCUUUCAGGAAAAAGAGCUGGAAAACUUAGCCGCCAUGGACCUCGAGCUGCAGAAAAUCGCUGCAAAGUUGCAUGACAACAGCGCGUAAACCAGCAUUUCAUUUCGACACCAGUGGAGAGAUGCUGCUGUCCAACUAAAUGUCCGCCGUUUAACCUGUGCUUACACUGUUGUAAAAAAAGACAAAAAAAUAAGACCAAGAACUCUGGAGCCUUGCUAAAACCACUUUAUCAACCUGGUUAUCAUUGUAUUUGUGAUAUUUUGAUGUUAUCAAAGUAAUCUGCAUGGGAAUGAUUUUGAUGUUUGUAAAUAUACAGUAAGAUCAACUUUGAAAAUUAUAUAUAUAUAUAUAGAUAUAUAAAUAAAACAGAGAAAAUUUAUCCGAAAUACUGUCUUCUGCAGAGCUUGUUCAGUUUGCACUCAAUAAAAGAAAUUAUUCUGGGACCAAACCAAUCUCUCUCAAAUUAUUCCUCGAUGAAAAAAAACAAGUUCACACACACACACACACACACAACAGCGUCUCUUGUUCUGCGUUUUUAAUCCUGUGCAGAUACAGAUGUAACCCACAGUGACGCUCAUGUAACAAAUGGCACUGACUGUGGGGAUAACAAAAUUAAAAAAUCAUAACCUAGAAGCAGGGGACUGCUUACUCACGAAAAAAUUUGUUUGUACCUGUUGAGGCAUAAAACUCAAAUCCGACAUGUACUCUCAACACAUAACAGAUUAUUCUAACUGUUCCUUUCAUAACACACGUAUACACACACGCACACACACACUGAGCUCAUACAGCCUGAACUGGCUUACAGUUAACUCCUCAGCAUUACUUUAAGUCUGCACUGAUCUGGAUUACACAAGCCGGGGGAAAAGCGUGCUGAUGAAUGCAAACCAGACACUUUUGUCUGGUUUAUUCCAGAUGUGUCAGUUUCGAUCAGUCAAAUCAGACGAGUUGAUGCUGGAGGAAAACCCCUGCAGGCCGUCGGUAAUGUGCCCUCUGAAGAAUCUCUCCUUCUGUGUUUGUUUACCCUUCAGUGUCUGUGAGUUUCUGUCUCUUUGGUGCCGGUUCCUCAGCUCGCCGGGAGCCUGAAGGUUUGGAGCGGUCCACGGCGACCGUCAUUCCUGAGAGGAUGUAGCCCCCGCCUCCGCUCAUCAGCAGCAGAGGAUGCGUCCUGUUAGGCAACACCUUGGGACACAAAUACAGUCAAGGAGACGUUAAUUCUACAAGAAGAGCCGGGGGAAAUGACACUGUGGUCGUGAGGGGAAGAUCUCAGAGUAUGAAAACUAGCUGGUUUCAGGCAGUUUCUGUAGUUCACGAAGACCCUAGUACACACACGAAAAAGGGUGGGCUGUGCGGGAGUGUGUUAUGAAAGAGCGGAUGUAAGAAAAGUUGCUGCAGCGAAUGUUCAAGAAAAAGACUAAAAGACUAAAAUGUUUACUGUUUUAAAGAAAAUUAAAGCUUCUGUGAGGAAUUUUUUGACAUUUAUGAAAUUGACAAACUCAUGUUGAUGCCUUGUUAUGGUGAAGAAAAGCAGACGAGAUCAACAGCACCAUAACUGACCUUUUUUAUACUUUAAUGUUUGAUGCUGGAAACUGGUGCGAGAAGAAACAGACCCUUUUGUUCUUAUAUUCCAUAUUCACAAAAACGAUACAUUUGACCAGCAGGAUUAAAUUCUAGUCAGAAGAUGCUACUGAGACUGAUUUGUCCA